UGUAAUUAACUGCUUUCCCUUCCGUUAUUAUACAAUUUCUAUAAAAUGAGCCAAAUACUAAUCUAGUUUUGAUUGGAUCGUCAACGUUCCGUACUAAACAGGGCUUAUGGAACUUCGAGUUAACCAUUACUUUCCAGAAAUCAAAGUUCAAAUGAGAUUAUCAGAUUGAGAUCAAGAUGCAUUGGGAAAUUAAUGUUGUGACAUCUGUUACAUUGCUGGCUUUCCUACAAGGGAAUGGAGUUAAAGGUGUGAGUCAGGAAUCUUCCUAUGUUAUCGAAUGUAUCCGUGACAUAAUACCUCCCCAGAUUUACAAUGACUGCUGCAUUCGAGAGAACAACUGCACGAUAUCUAGACAGCAGAACAGGGCCAUAGACUGCAUGAGCAGAAUAAUAAUGUCAAAUUAUUCGUCAUUUUUCUCGGAUUCACGGGAAAAUGGCCCUGGGACAACUGACAUGAGCUUCUCACAUAACAGAAACAGAGAGUUCUACAGCGACAUCUUCGAAGCUUUAGGAGAAAUGUGUAGAAGACAGCCAAGAGCAAGACUCCAGAAUUGUAUCAGAAAUGAAUUGAUCAAAUAUUGUUUAAAUGUGUUCCAGCGAUGCCGCUACAGCAUGCUGCAAGAUCGUUUCACAAGUUCUCCUGGAAGAUUUAGUCAGAGACGAACGGACAUGGACAUGGGAUUUAACGACAACUAUGGUCGAAUGGAGCCCCGCCGGAGAGGUCAGUUCUUCAAUGGGGGAGGAAGGCGGCACUCUGAUGGAUUCGUGAUAAUGGGCAGACCAACGGAUUAUACCUCCGAUUCCCGAUAUUUCACUUCACGAGGAAGUUACGGUGAUGACAUGGACGAUGAAGAGUUUGGUUAUUCUGAUAGUGAUUCUAUGCGUUUCAAAUGAAAUUAUAACCUUGGAAAGAUUAUUGGACUUGAUGAAUGAUUUAAUGAUAAAUAUAUCUGCACCAUUUCAAGAACAUAUCGGAACUCUUUUUUUAUAUUUUUACGCACAUUUGUUUUGUAUUAAUAAAGAUCGGCAUCA